UAGCGAUACGAGAAUGUCAAUCAAAUCUCAUGUUAUUCAAAACGAGUCCAACAACUUCCGUUCCUUUGUAAGUUGCAUCGUAUCAACGUACACACAUGAAUGGUUGUGUUACCAACCUGUGGAUUUAUUUGUCCUCGAACUGGUCUCUAGAUGCAUGGAUGGUGCACCAUUCAAUUGCAUUUCUUUUGACCCUGGAGCGAAUUCGUUGGCAGUGUUUAUAAGGCCAAUAACAAUAAUUUGCAACCUGGAUGAUUGGAACCAGAUUGUCCAACAUCUAAGACAACAACAACAACAUCCAACCAACCAACCAACCACUACAAAAGGUUGCUCAAGGAAUCUAAAAUCAAAACACCAAGUCAAGUGGGACCAAUCGAAAUCCAAAUGGCGCUCAAAUCACCGAGACAAUGCAAAGCAUAGUCUUGACCGAAUAGCGACCUCCAUUUCUUCCAGCUAAUAUGGAACAUCCGGUGCUCCUGCUUGGGCUUGGGCAAUGUUGUAAAUCAUUUGCAAUUUUUUGAUCGUGGAAAGCAGGACGAUGAGUAAGGACCUCUUUUUCUUCUUCUUCUUCUUCUUUUUCAUCAUCAGUCAGUGCAAGAACAGGCAGGGCCAUAAUGGACCUUCAACCUCAAGUCAGAAAAAAGUCUUUCAAGGGUCGACGACGUGGUGUUACCCUCUUUCCAGACUCGGGAACCACGUCAAGUUUGUGUUGUACUUCGAGCUGUUGUUAUUGUUGUUGGCGUUGUGGCAGCAGUUCUCGGGCCUCCAGGUGUACUGCUCGUUGUCGUUGUGAACGUACGUAUUGGACCAGAGAGAAAAGGUAAUUCGAGUCCCACCACCUCGACGAUGAACAAGAAAAGAAAUCGGUGAGUCUGAAGGAGCAGCCUCUUUACCCCCUCAGUCGGCUUUUGAUUGCUUAGAAUGUCGGAACACCGACGACCACUUUGUUCCACUUUCCGCCAUUCCUUAUAAUUAGACGCUUAUUGAAAGCCUCUUUUGAUUUUCUAAGACAAAAGAACCGAAUAGUGUCUAGUUGAACCAUUCGGUUGGAAUACCGCAUCUCAGAUCAUUUGACAUCGGCCUACUUCAAAUAUAGAUAUUAACACAAUGAACGACAAAUCCGGAACAUUUGCGAGGAACAAGCGGUUCGAACCCAAAAAAGAGAAAGAAUUCAAGCCCAUGUCCAAUAAACUCAGUUCCCGAAACGCUUCCAAUCAGUCCACGAGGCGAAAGAAGCCCGUCAAGAAUGCCAAGAAUGUCGGAGGUCGGAAGACCCCGGGAUCCCUUCAAGUUGCUGAGGUGAUUGUGGAUAAGAAACUGGACGAGCAUAUCGCCACUUUGAGUGUGAAGUCCACCAUGCCAGAGAAGGAGAUUCGGGAGCGUUACAAGCAGUUUGUGGUGGAUGUUCCCGGCCAAAGGUUGACCAAAGAGCGGUUCAUUGAAUUGUCCGGGGAAGCACUCGGAGAGGAGGCUCAAUCUAUCGCUGAUGCCAUUUUUAAGGUGUUUGACGAAAACAAGUCUGGGGAUUUGGACUUUGUCGAGUACAUGAUGGCUGUUAACUCCACUCAACUAGAAACGCCCGAAGAUAAACUGCAAUGGAUCUUCAAGAUGUAUGAUAAGGACUGUUCGGGCAAUAUCGAGACGGAAGAGUUGGUCCACAUGUUCCAGACGUUGUUUGACAUGUCAGAUGUGAAGAUCGAUGCCACUCAAAUGACCAUGCUCACCAAUGAUGUAAUGCAGACCCUGGACGAGGACGGGAAUGGCCUCAUUGACAUGCACGAGUUUGUGAGCGGAAGCAUGAAAACGCCGUUCAUUUACAACAUCUUGUGCCCGAAAUAAAGUCCGCUGUUUUUCCUUCAUUUCCACUACAAAACGUGCAUGCCCUGUUUCCUUCGUGACCUUUGUGUACGUUUGUGUUAUUUGUCCAUUCCUUGUCAGAUCUUUUGCUCAAUAAAAACUUCUU